AUGAGCCUGACUGCAGUAGCAAUCAGCCUGACCCUUGUCAUCUGGUACAGCCCUCUGCAACUGAACAUGGGCCGCCUCCCAGGUGCACUCUGUGCCGCGAAACCAGUGCUCAACCUCAGGAACCAAGGUCUGGCUAGGAUUCCAUGGGAACAGGGGAGGCUGGUAUCCUGCCAACUGUGUGGUGAUCUAUGUCAUUGUCCCUGGCCACCACCCCAGUGCCCGGCUGGUGUGCCACUGGUGCAUGACGGGUGUCGCUGUUGUCAGAUCUGUGCCAGGCAGGAGGGUGAGUCCUGCACUGACAAGAACAUUUGUGACAGUCAGAGAGGUCUGCAGUGUGACUACAGUGCCAGUUACCCAGGAGGAGAGGGAGAGUGUGUUGAUCGGAACACGCUUGGCUGUGAACUCAAUGGAGUGAGGUACGAGGAGGGCCAGACAUUCAAGCCAUCAUGCGCCCAGCUAUGCCACUGCCUGGGUGGUGGUAUCACAUGUGUUCCUCUGUGCAAAGACAUGCAGCAGCCACUGGGUCCGAGUUGCCCAAACCCACAACUGCUAAGGCUUCCAGGACGCUGCUGCCGAGAGUGGGUCUGUGGUAGCCUGGACAACAGCAUUCCUCAGGACACUGCUGCCACAGUGGACAGAACAGACAGGUUCUGGCAGGAUGUGCCAGGUCUGAGUCACAGCGUGUGGUCAAACUGCAUCGAACAGAGUACGGAAUGGAGCCCUUGCUCGCGCAGCUGUGGACCAGGCGAGUCCAAACGCAUGUCUAACAUCAAUCGAGCGUGCCAUCCGCAGACACAGAUCCGUUUGUGCCAGAUCAGACCCUGCCAUGCUGCUAAACCACCAAUCAGAGCCCACAUGGGCACUGGUAUGUGCAAGAGCAGACACAGAUCUCCACUACCCAUUCGCCUAGAGCAUCACGGCUGCUACAGCACGCAUGCUUACAGACCCCAGUUCUGUGGCCUCUGUUCAGAUGGCCGGUGCUGUAGCCCGCUUCGGACCAGAACCAUGCAAAUGGGUUUCCUCUGUCCCAGUGGGAGAGUGAUUCAGCACCUAGUGAUGAGGAUCGAGUCCUGCGUCUGUCACUACAAUUGUCCUGAUUCACUUUCCGCAAAGUCAAGAAGAUUCAUAUCCAGGCACUAA